CAUGUAAACAGUUAAGUCUAACCGCGGUAGCUCUCCGAAUUUAUUUAGUGUUAUUUCCGGGUAGAUACCAAGCAAGUAAAAAAUCACUAUGGUCUACUAAUCGUUAGCAUCGAAAGAGGUUGUAGAAUGGAGUUUUACUUAAUAUUGUUUAAAAAUAUUCCUAUGUGAUCUUAGAGGCCCUACUCAACGAGAAUCAUGUUGUUUAUCGUCGUUGUAACUUGUUUCUUGUGCUGUGGUAAUGGAAUGUCGCAGCCAACACAUAACGAGACGGUGGAGCCGGAACCUGUUGCAAAGCCAACAGAUAUUGAACCCAACGAAGCUGAACAGCCAGCUGACUUUGGUGAUAUUUAUGGGAAUGUUGAUGAAUCAGGACAGAUGAGAACGGAAAGUGCUCCAGGAGACCUAGCAGUUACCACCCACCAUGGCACCGUAAACGAGAAACAUCAAGACUCAACUCGGUUGCUACCGCAGCAACGUGAUUACGGCGAUAUUUAUGAAAAUGUUGCUUUUCAUAACCAAGGAGGGAAUAGUGCAUCUUUUGAAAAUGAGGCAACUAGCCUUUGCUUAUUAAAGACAAAAAGUAAAACAAAAUCGUCUAAAGACCGCUAUCUACCAAAACAGCUAUCUAUACCUGAAUCAAACCCACCACCACCACCACCAUCUCAAGACACUGGUAGUUUGGGAAAAAUGCUGAUGCAACAACUAGCCACUUUACCAGGUGAGCAUUGA